AAACCCUGGAAGUCCGUGUUUCUGGUCCCUUCUCCUUGUGAGCACUCACACGCUCACUAGAGGACGAGGACGGCCCUUUUGCAGCUGCAGCACAUCAGCCUCACAGAGUUUGGAGUGUUCUUUUGUUCUGUGGAGUACCUGAAAGUGUCCCUUAUCCAAAACCACCAUGAAAGCCACCAUAUUCUUCAUUCUCUUGACCGUUUUGGCUCGUUCAAGAGGCCAGUACCACUAUCAGGGCCUGAUGAACUACUUGGAAAACAGGAUGCUCGCUAUGGAGGAACGCAUUGCCUUGUGGCAUGAACAGAACAACCGCUACAACGCUGACCUGAAGGAAUUCAGGCAGCAGGCUGCAGACCUGUUAGAGAAGUUGGGCAAGGAGCACAAAAAACUGCGUUCAGACAUGGAGGGUGCAGGAGCACGCGUGGACCGUGUGGAGCGUGAGAUGGACUUCAUUGAAACCAAGAAUCCCCCUAAGCCUUGUGUGAAAGCUGCAGACAAAAUGGUGGAACAGGAUGUGGUUGUCAAAGAGAGGAAGAAGGAAGAGUUCUUUGAGUUGUCUGUGUGCGUGAACGUUGUAUCCAGUCUAAAAGCAAUGAAGAUCCUUAAGCGACUGGGAAGCCCGAAAGGUGUCUGGACCAAAGAUGCCAGGUCAGCAAAAGUCUACGUCUUCAACAGCACGUCCGACAACACGCUGUACGAGUUCAACUCCGUGCGAGAGCUUUCUGCAUCGUCAGGCGUAUCUAAAGCUAAGCAGAUCACCUUGCCCAUCUCUUGGAACGGAACCGGUCAUGCAGUCUACGAUGGCUUUAUCUAUUACAUCAGUGAAAGUUCAGAACUCCAAGUUAUUAAGUAUGACCUCAAGAACGGUUCAGUUGCAGACAGCGCAGUUCUUCCCAUGGAUGACCGCAGCCCGGUGUACCAGCUCAAUCCAGAGACGCUGGUGGACCUGGUGGCGGAUGAGGAUGGGCUCUGGGCGCUGUAUCCGGCUGGAGACACUAUUAAUCUUGCUAAAAUGGAUAUAGAUUCUUUGGAUAUAGAGCAGAUGUGGGACACGGCGUGUCCGAGAAACAAUGCUGAGGCUGCUUUUAUUGUCUGCGGCACGGUCUAUGUGGUUUACAACACCAAGCCACCGAGCCGCUCGCGCGUGCAGUGUGUGUUCGAUGUGAACGACAUGGUGAGCAGUGGAGAGGCCCCUCUGAUUUAUUUCCCUAGGCGCUACGGGGCCCAUUCCAGCCUCAAAUACAAUCCUGAGGAGCGGCAGCUUUAUGCUUGGGAUGAUGGGUACCAGAUUCUGUAUAAACUAGCGCUGAAGAAGAAGUUAUGGGCAAUUAUGCCACCACCUGAGGAAUAGUGGCCUUUUUUUAGCUCUUAAAGGGCUUUGUGUUUUUACAUAAAGGGAUAGUUACUGAAAAUUAAGAUCCUGUCAUUAUUUACUCACCUUCAUGCUGUCAAGUCUGUAUGACUUUAUUUUUUUUAAGGAAAAUCAUUUUUUAAUCAUUUACAAUAAGGAUUAAGGCAUCUGAGCUUCAAAACCCUGCUGAAAAAAAAAAACAGCUAAAAACAGCUAAAAAUGGUGGUUUAAACUGAUGGUUUAAGAUGGUUUAAGUUGGAAAUAGUUUGUUUUGGUUGGUCUCCCAGCAUGGUUAGGCUGGUCAAGCUGGUUUUAGCUGGUCGUUCCAGCUGGUCUCCCAGCCUGAUCAGUGAAGGAAGUGUCCAAAACCCCUUUAAAACCAUCCUGCUGACCAGCUAUGGCCAGCUAAAACCAGCCAACCAGUUUAGGCUGGUUUUACCUGUUUUAUCACCAGGGAAGGGACACAAAACCAUCAUAAAAUUUGGUUGAUCCAGUUCACAACAUGAUUUAGUCUGAGUGACUUGUUCAUGACUAAACCUGGUUUUAAGUUCAGUUCACCGAUUCCCCUGCUGAAAAACAAAACAAAACUGGGAGGGAGACCUGCUAAAACCAGCCACUUCCAGAUUGAACCAGCUAAGUUCAGCCAACCAGUUUAGGCUGGUUUUAGUUCAAGCUGGGGGACCAGAUAAACCAGCUACUUCCAGCUUAAACCAGCUAAAAUCAGCCAACCAGCUUAGGCCGGUUUUAGCUGUUUUUAUUGUUGUUGUUGUUUUUCAAAAGGGGCAGUUGCAGAAAUGGAUCACUCAGUGAAGGGGAAGAUUUUCUGUUUGUUUUAUACAACUUAAACUUGGGGCUGUUUUUUUCCUCACAUAAAGCUGUCAUAUGAUUUCAUAGUUCACUCAAAAGGAAAAUUAUUCCAUGAUUUACUCUCCCUUAAGCCAUCCUAGAUGUAUAUAGGGGCUUUUGCACCAUAUAGUUCUAAGAACUAACCAGCAAGGUGGUUCCUCCUAUAAAAACUGUUCCCCCUUCAUCAUUAUCCUGGUUGCAUUUGCACCGUCAACAGAAACUCUAAUGCGGCAGACAGCCACGUCUUUAUUCGUGGCAUUUACAAACAUCAACAACCGGUGAAUGGAGGAUGCCAUGAUCGGAAUUGUUUUUGUUGCGUGUCGUGGGUUUCAUGAUAACGGAGAUGGAAUGUAAACACACAAUUUACACGAUUGAAAGUGCAUGAAAUUGAAAACUUGCACUGUUAUCAUUGAGGCUGAGAAAAGAACACAACGCAGCAGACAACAGGUAGUUAAGGCUACGUUUAUUCUAGUGCAUUUUUGUUUUAACCCCUUAACUGUCACCCCCAAUUUUUGAACAUAGACACACUUCUUUUGAAUGCAGACCUAAAGUUAGUCUCUUUAUAAAAGAGACAAUCAGCAGAUUUUAAGUGAAAUCAUUAAAAAAAAAAAAAAAAAAAAAAAAACAAUAAUAAAAAAAUAAAAUAAAAAAUAUAUUGAAGUUUACAUUAACUGUACUGUAAUGUACUGUACUAUUUUUUAUGUUUAUAUAAAAUUAAAUUUUACCAAGUAAGACGUGUUCCUGGAUCAACAUCUUUUGUUGAUCCUGGAACAAUGUAGACUUAACCCAAUCCCUACCUCUAACCCUAACCAUAAUUUAUUCCUAAAACCAGAGGGAAAUGAUAGCUGAUUAACAAGCCUAAACUGACAUUUCCUGAAGGUUAUCCCUCCAUUCUGACUGGUUGAUUGGAAUGUUGCUCCAGGAUCAACAAGGAUGUUGAUCCAGGAACAUAUUCUACUUGGUGAAAUCACUUUCACCCCAACGGUCAAGGGGUUAAAACUCCUGUCAUUUACACUACUCCAGUGUUUUCGGCCCCUUGAAAACAGAGACUUCCAAAAAAGACAGAACAGUUUUAGUUUAAAAACUCCAGGGUUGCGUUUCAGUGUAAAUGGACGAAAACUCAGACUUUUGGAAACAAUUGUGUGGCCGCCCACAUUUGCUCUGCGCAUCCUUGGCAACUGUGUAAACCAGGGGUGGUGAACGUCAGUUUUGCUUCAACCCUAAUCAAACAACCUGAGCAAUCCAGGUCUAAAUGGUUACUAGAAAACUAAAGAUAGGUGAGUUUUUAUUAGGGUUAAAGCUGAACUUUGCACGGCUGUGGCUCUCCAGGCCUGGAAUUCACCAUCCCUGGUGUAAACUACAACAUCAUGCUCAUUAUGAAUGGUCAUGUCAAAUGCAUUUUGGGUUAUGUUGUGUGGACGGAGAUUGUUUCUGAAACAGUGAAAACGCUAGUGAAAACAUUUUAAAACAAAAAUGCACUAAUGUAAACAGGGCUUAAAUGUCAUUAUUGCUCUUUUCCAUUUUUGUGUAGUAAAUAUUUACAUGGCUUUUUAAAAAUGCUAAAGUAGCUGGUGUUUUGUAUGCGUUUGGUCAAGCGUACACUUACAUCACUGGUAGUUCUAAGUUUUAGAUCCUACUCUGAAGUAGGAGCUAAUUUAGUUCCCCCAAAACAGAGUUCCUAAAACUAAAUGCGUUCCUAGUUCCAAACAGGCCAAACAGCAGGAACUUCAGCGUAAAUAGUUCUGUGAACUAUACAAAGGUUCCUCUGAUGCGAAAACCCACAUGACUUUCUUCUUUCAGAUGAAUGCAUUCAAAGUUAUAUUAAAAAAAAAAUGUCUUGACUUAUCCAAGCUUUAUUAUGGAAAUGAAUGGUGGUCACGAUUUUGAAGCCCAAAAUAGUGCUUCCAUCAUAAAAAAGUACUCCAUGUGGCUCUGGUGGGUCAUGAAAGGCCUUCUGAAGCAAAGCGAUGGAUUUGUAUAAGAAAAAUAUCUAUAUUUAAAACUCUAUAAACCAUAAUCUCUUGCUUACGCGAACUCUCAUACACGUGUUCACGAGAAAGUUGCGUCCCAGCAGCCUUUAUUAACCCCACGCAUGAAGUUUUUUUUUUUUUUAUGAUGGAUGGAUGCACGUUAUUGGACUUCAAAAUCGUGACCACCAUUCACUCCCAUUUGGGCUUUUUAAAAAUAUAACCACAAUUGUAUUUGUCUGAAAGAAGAAAAUCAUAUACACCUAGGAUGGCUUGAAGAUGAGUAAAUCAUGGGGCAAUUUUCAUUUUUGGAUACUUUUGGUGAACUAUCCCUUUCAGAAGAAUGGGAUAUAAUUUUUUUUUUUGUUAUAAUACCAUAUAAUACAACUACGUUUUAUCAUACUUCUGUGGUAAUUUUGUUUCUUUGUCCCCUUUCUAGUGUAAUGAAUGUAAUUGAACAGCAUUCAUCAAAAUGAUUACAUAAAUUAAAUAAAGUCAUACAGGUUUUGGGACAAGAUGAGGGUGAGUAGAAGAUGACAAAAUUGAGGUUUUUGGGUGAUCUAAUCAUUUACCUUUAAAAAAACACAGAUAUAUUGCUUUUGUUGCACAUUUUAUUAAAAAUAUGAGACGAUACACAGUCUCAAUAACUGACUGAUCAAUGCUAACCCACUAUUUGUGAUUUGAUGUUCACAAGACUGAAAAGAAACAGCUUUAUCCUUGAAAUGACUGAACCAACAUUUUAUUUUGGCAUUUUUGAAAUACAAGAACCUUUUCAAACAUUACAAGUUAUAUUGCAAGUACAAAUGAUCAAUACAAAAUUAGAAAGUUGCUCAGAUUCACAAGGGGGGCAGAAACAGGUUGUUAAAACACCAGCACACGAGAGUUAGCGAUGAGGUAAAGAACCAGAUCUAAACCUUAUUAACUUUACAUUCACCUACAGAAACACACUCUAUGUUAUCUGAGUAUUACAACAUUGGUGAUAUUGUAAAAACAGGACCAAAAAGUUGUACUUCAUCACAACCAUUUCUUCAACAAGGUGACUUGGAAUUUUUAAAGAUUCUGUUCAAAUAUGAAAUCUAUUUUACUACAUAGAAAUAUUUAAAGCUUACUGUAACAGAUACCCUAUGAGAAGAUGGAGGACAUUAUGUAAAACUA